AUGUCAAUGGUCGCGGUGAGUCGAUUUCAGCUAUUUCGCAGUGUUCAUUACAUUGCUAAUGGACGUUACACCGGUAUCGAAGCUAAGCACUUGCUCGUCUUUGGCACCGGUGUCAUAACGGAAAUGCACGUGUGGGAAAAUUACGCGUUUCAUAUUCGAUGUCCUGAAUCUUGCCGACCAACAUGUUUAGCAUUCUAUAUACAGCGUAUAAUAGAUUUCCCCGACCCGGACCGCCACAUUGUUAGGGUUCACAAUGCGGUAGUUAACACCAUCGGCGAUGAUCCCGUGGACUACAAUGUCAUAAGCCGGGUUGUGAUAUCAAAAGAACAGUUAGAUGCGAUGGUGGUGUCGGAAUAG